AGUUCAGGGUUUAUUUGCUCCCAGAGUUGUUGGCAAUCCCAGGUAUCUUUGGGCUUGUCUGUACACUAGGAAGAAGAACCAUACUCACUACAAAUCCAAUACUGGCAGUAUUCACAACACACAGGGACUUCCCUAGCAAAACCAAACCACAUACCACCCAGCAUCCUUGUUGAAGGGAUGGGAGAAGAUGAAGUGUCAGGUCACUCUAAAGCAGAGCCUGCUGUGCUGAGUGAGGCUGAGCUAGAGAAGAUUGGCAUAAGGAAACAGGUUCCACCCACUUCCAUUUGUGCCAAGACCCAGAAAAUAAGAUGCUCAGCUUCAACUGCAAAGUCCUUGCUGUUCCGCUUCAUCCCCAUCCUGACCUGGCUGCCACGAUACCCAGUCAAAGAAUGGCUGCUAGGAGACAUCAUUUCAGGAUUCAGUGUUGGUAUCAUGCAUCUCCCACAAGGUUUGGCCUACUCACUUCUUGCAGGGCUGCCUCCUGUCUUUGGCUUGUAUUCAGCCUUUUAUCCUGUCCUGGUGUAUUUCUUCUUUGGGACAUCUAGACACAUUUCUGUGGGCCCUUUUGCAGUCAUCUCAGUGAUGAUUGGGAGCAUAACAGAUUCACUGGAACCAAGUGCGAAGUUUAUGGAAAUGGAAGACGUAAAUGGUACCAAUGUUACCAUUUUGAAUGAGGCCCGGAGGGAUGCUGCCAGAGUGCAGCUAGCGUCUGCGCUCACCUUACUGGUGGGCAUAUUUCAGAUUGCCCUUGGCCUGUUGCAGUUUGGCUUUCUGGCCACCUACCUUUCGGAGCCCUUGGUGCGGGGCUAUACCGUAGCGGCUGCUGUCCAGGUGCUGAUCUCCCAACUGAAGUAUGUCUUUGGAGUGGAACUGGAAGAGUAUGCAGGGCCAUUGGCAAUGAUCUAUGCCUUUCUGGAGCUUUGCUCUAAAUUGCCAAAGACCAACGUGGGCACCUUGGUCACUUCCCUGAUUGCCAUUGUUUCCAUUCUCAUUGUCAAGAAAAUCAGCGACAAACUGGGGAAAAGGAUUCCAGUCCCUAUUCCCACUGAGCUUCUUACGAUUAUUAUUGCCACAGGGAUCUCUUAUGGUGCCGAACUGAAUCGACAGUUCAAGAUUAGUGUUGUGGGUGAAAUCCCUAGUGGGUUGGUCCCCCCAAAAGUCCCUGUUGCCAGUUACUUUGGACAAGUGAUAGGAAAUGCUUUCGCCAUUGCUGUGGUUAGUUAUGUCAUUUGUGUCUCUCUUGGCAAGAUCUUUGCAUUCAAACAUGGUUACAAAGUGGACAGCAACCAGGAGUUGAUUGCCUUGGGGCUCAGUAAUUUCGUGGGUGGUUUUUUCCAAUGUUUCAGCAUUGGCUGCUCCAUGUCUCGCUCUCUGGUGCAGGAGAGCACAGGGGGCCACAGUCAGGUAUCUGCAGCAGUAUCCUGUCUCCUCCUCUUAGUAACCAUCUUAAAAAUUAGUGAACUUUUCAGAGACCUACCAAAGGCUAUCUUAGCCGCCAUUAUUCUUGUCAACCUGAAGGGCAUGUUCAAGCAAUUUAAAGAUAUCCGCAUCCUUUGGAAAUCCAACUUUGUUGACCUGCUGAUCUGGCUUGUGACCUUUGUAGCUACCAUUUUGCUGAACCUUGACAUGGGACUCGGAGUGGCUGUGGUUUUUUCCCUUCUCACUGUCAUCUUCCGGACUCAGAUGCCCCAUUAUUCUAUUUUGGGGCAAGUGCCUCAGACAGGAAUCUACAAAGAUGUAGAUGAGUAUGAGAAGGCUGAGGAGAUCCCAGGUGUGAAGAUUUUUCGCUCAUCUGCUACUAUCUAUUUUGCAAACGCUGCUCUUUAUGAAGAGGCUCUAAAGAAAAAGUGUGGCAUUGAUGUAAAUCACCUAAUUGAAAAGAAAAAGAAAGCACUGAAGAAGAAGCAUAACAGAGACAAAAAGGAAGAGAAGAAAGCAAAGAAAAUGGCUUCUAAGAUCGAAAAGACACACGAUCCUAGUAUCACUAACCUUGCAUUUGUAGAUAUAGAUAUGGAAGCAAAGUCACAGGAACCAAGGGGUGACACAACAGUGAAUGGGCCUAAUGGAAGCAUGGAUGACCAGAGAUCUCAAAACCUCAAGCAGCCACAGUCUUCUGACCAACCUGGAUUAACAGCCCUGGGACUGGAAAAGCCUCCCUUUCACUCCAUUAUAUUGGAUUUCAGUCCUGUCAACUUUGUGGACACUGUCUCUAUAAAGACCCUAAAAAAUAUAUUUAAAGAUUUCCAGGAGAUUGAAGUGAAUGUAUUUGUCGUGGGAUGCAGUGCUUCUGUCAUUUCCCAGCUGGAAAAAGGCAACUUUUUCAGUCAAAACAUCACCAAGCACCACCUUUUCGCAUCACUGCACCACGCUGUUACUUAUAUCACCAGAAACCAGGAAGAAGAAUUACCACCAACUGACAAAGUCAAACCUAGCACAAAACUGUAAUUGGUGGAAUUGUCUGCUCCUUUGUUUCUCGAUGAAGAACAGGAAACAUCCCUGCAUUUUUUCAGAAGACGGACAAAAUUUAUAUUUUGUGAUUGUUGGUACAAUUAAAUAAUGUAGGGUUUCCUACCAUUGUGAAUCCACUGGAGAAAGGGGGGAAAAAUCCAUCAAAGCCACCUUAAGAUGGCUUUCCUUUAGACUGCAGAGAAACUAAGAAUGUAUAAUUGCUGGACGGAUGUUAUUCCAUGUGUUUAUGAGCACAGAUUACUCAUGUCCUCCUGUGAACAGACUGUGGGGCACCAAUUGUUCCUGCCAUGGAAGAAUUCAUUUCAGACAUCGGAAGCAUCUCAUUUGCUCCUGCAGCAUCUUCCCAGAAGAGGACUUCCCACUUACUACACUUCUAUUUGAUUAGAGAAAAUUACGAUCAACAUCCUCUAUCUAUGGGAAAGUCCCCCUCAGUGUGGAAAGACAGAAGAACCAGAUUAUGUCCUCCUGAGAACAUCCACUCCACACUUAUUUCUUAUGCUGGAAUUUUCCAAUAUUUGAACUAUAAGGGAAUCUGUGGACCUCAUCAGGUGGGCCAAAUUGCCUAUCCUAUGACGGUCCUACUCUACUUGUGCAACAGAGCCUGACGAUUCCCAUCCCACAAUGUCAAACUACUUUCAGCAGAGCUCCGUGGGACAAGUAGAGUAAGAAUGUUGUAUGCUACCACCACAGCAACUCAAAAGACUACCCAUGUUGCAUAGCUAACAACAGGGAAGACCAGCAGAGGAUGCUUCCCCAGAUGGGACGGGGUAAAGGAGAAGCCUGGGUUCCCCAUGCCUCAUGUUGGAUUUGCCACAUGGGUAUUUGCCUCCGUGGUGCAAAUAGAGUAAGAAUGUUGUAUGCUGCCACCGCAGCAACUGAGAAGACUACCCAUGUUGAAUAGCCAACAACAGGGGGGGAAACUAGCAUAAGAUGCUUCCCCACAUGGGAUGGGGUAAAGGAGAAGCCUGGGUUCCCCACACCCCACGUUGGAUUUGCCACAAUACAUGGCGAAUUCCAUAGAUGAUGUGAUGAGGUCAUAAGAAGAACAUCAUACUGGAUUAGCUUGACAAAUUAUCAAGUCCAACAGUGCACCCUCCAUCUUACACUGUCCAGACACUAAAGUCCCAUCUACACUGACUGUUUAAUGCAGUUCUAAGCAGCUUCAGGUUCUGUCACCCAAACAACAAAUUCCCACAAAGUUUAUGAAAGAAAGGCCUUAAUGUGCAUCAGUGUUCUGUGGUUUGUUUACUCACUACCCAGGCCUCCGGUGUACUCAUCUGCACAGUGAAAGCACUUCCUUCAAUAAUAUUUGGAAACUGCAUUAAAUGGUCAGUGUAGAUGGGGUUUUAGAGUGGGAUUUUAGAACCUUGAAAUGGAAAGCAUUCUGUUUACACUCCAGAGUAGGUGUGUGCCUCCCCAUGUCUGGAUACAGAAAAACAUGGAUAUGUAUGUAGCGUCUCUAAUGCAAUCUCUGGCAUCUCACUGAGAUACAGCAAAAAGAAAGACAAGAUGCAGAAUAUUUUUUCUUUAAAAUGUAUAUAGGUAUUGAAAUCAUAAAUGAAUAGAACACUGAUGCAAAAAAAAAAGACUUCAUCAGCAAGUAUCCCAUUAAAAAUGGAGGGCUGUGAAUUCAUUUCAGACAGAAUUCUAUACGUCAGACAUUCUUGUCCAUUCUGCAUGCUGUGUAAAUUAAACUGUGUGAGACUAGCAUCUGGCACAUAUUUGAAUUUAAUUCUACUUUGGGAAUUGCCACAGUCCAUCCUGAGACUGUGGCCCCCCAGCUGUUUGGGCCUCCAACUCCCGGAAUUCCUGAUCAUUGAACAAACUGGCAAGGACUUCUGGGAUUUGGAGGCCCAAACAGCUGGAGGGCUACAGUUUGAGGAUGUCAAUGAUUGUAGAGUCAUGAUCCUGAAAGUCAAGGUAGGAGUUGUAAAUAUGAACAGAUAUUAUGCAGUUAAACAAAGAAAUGUUUGUCUUACAUUAUUAUUUAUUGUCAAUAAAAUUAUGUUUUAAUCAUAGACCUGUUCUACAUGUUCUGUGAUCUGCCUUAUAUCCCAUGUUGGGAAAAAGGCAGGAAAUAAAUAAAGCAAAAUUUUAAUUCUGCAGAUGGGUAACUCACAAC